AUGAGUAGUUACCGAACGACUUUGAACCAGCAAGAAAAGAUCGAAGACCCUGAAUUACAGUCGAAAAUCCUCAAGGAUUGCCACCAGCGAUGCGCCGAUAGGACACUCAAGGUUCUGGAGAAGAAUGGCGGUAUCUUCAUCAAGCUAGGCCAGCACCUGAGUGCCAUGAACUACCUACUCCCGCCUGAAUGGACAAACACCUUCAUCCCGCUGCAAGACAAGUGCCCCGUGUCGUCGUUCGAGUCGAUCGAGGAGAUGUUCCGGAAGGAUACUGGCAAGGAGCUAUGGGACUACUUCUCGGAAUUCUCGAACGAACCCAUCGGCGCGGCAUCUCUGGCUCAGGUACACACAGCAACUGUCAAGGAGGACGGCGUGCAAGUGGCUGUCAAAGUGCAGCACCCUGGCGUCGGCCAGUGGGCUCCCCUCGACCUCGCCCUGACACGAUUCACCUUCUCGACCCUCAAGCGCUUCUUCCCUGAAUACGACCUCGAAUGGCUCUCCUCCGAGAUGGACGUCUCUCUGCCGAAGGAAUUGGAUUUCAGAGAAGAGGAGCACAACGCCAACCGCACCAGAGACCAUUUUGCCAAACUCCCCGAGCACCCCCUCGUCAUCCCCGAAGUUCUCUGGUCAAAGGAGCGCAUCCUCGUCAUGCAGCGGGUGUCCGGCCACCGCCUGGACGACCUCGAGUACCUCGACGCCAACGGCAUCGACCGCGACGAAGUCUCCGCCUGCCUCGCCCGCAUCUUCAACGAAAUGAUCUUCGGCCACAACGCGCCGCUGCACUGCGACCCCCAUGGCGGCAACCUCGCCAUCCGCAAGAACGAGUCCCGGCGCGGCCUCCGCGGCGGCCACAACUUCGACAUCAUCCUCUACGACCACGGCCUCUACCGCGACAUCCCCCGCGACCUGCAGCGCUCCUACGCCAAGAUGUGGCUCGCCGUCAUCGACGGCGACAUGAAGCGCAUGCGCAAGUACGCCAAGGAGGUCGCCAACAUCAACGACGAGCAGUUCCCGCUCUUCGCCUCCGCCAUCACCGGCCGCGACUGGAGCGUCCUCAACAGCGAGGGCUCCGUUCUGCAGACGCGCACCGCCGACGAGAAGAAGGAGAUGGGCGACGCGCUGCAGGAGGGCCUGCUCGCCGACCUCGUCCAGCUGCUCGGCCAGGUGCCCCGCAUCAUCCUGCUCAUCCUCAAGACCAACGACCUCACCCGCAGCCUCGACGAGAACCUGCACACCCGCCAGGGCCCCAUCCGCUCCUUCAUGAUCCUCGCAAGAUACUGCACGCGCACCGUGUUCGAGGAGCAGCUGGAGGACCUGCGGGCGCGCGGGUCCUUGCUGUGGCCGCCGAACGCGUUCCGGUUGGCGUCCGCGUGGGUUGGGUUCCUGAGGGUUGAGUUCAAGCUGGGCGCGUUUGAGCUGUGGUUGAGCUUGAAGAGGGUGUUUGGGCUCAAGGGCGCAGAGUUUUCGGCCCCCGGUAUGUGA